AUGCUUAGCAACCUGAUUGAUAUGCUUGAAGUCAUUUAUGAAAACGUUAAACAAGCAAUGCAAAAGCGUGAACAAGAUGAUAGACAAACAGUUUCGAUAACAAGGGAAACAUUAUCGACACGUUUGCAAGACGAACGGCGAGUAUUCAUCCUGACAAAUACUCCUGUAUUUUUGCCAAAUAUGUUUUCUACGAGAAAGCGUCAAGAUAAUGAACGACAGAUGGACAGCUUGGAAGGCACUGGUCCCGCAACAAUGUCGGCUUAUGUGGAGAUUAUAUUCGAUAACAGCGACAAUCGAUUUCCGACUGGAAAGGAUGAAGUGGUUUUACGACGUACUAUUGGUUUAAAGAAGGACGAAUAUUCAUUGGACAAGAAGAGUGCAACGAAAGCCGAUGUGAUGAAUCUGCUGGAGAGCGCCGGGUUUUCGCGUUCGAAUCCUUAUUACAUUGUUCCACAGGGUCGGAUCACUGCACUGACAAAUGCUAAAGACCAUGAGCGACUCCAUUUGUUAAAAGAAGUCGCUGGUACAAGGGUCUAUGAACAAAGAAGGCAAGAAAGUAUGAAAAUCAUGGAAGAGACUGAUUCGAAGAGAUCUAAAAUCGAAGAGCUCCUAAGCUACAUCGAGGAGCGACUCGAAGAGUUAGAAGAAGAAAAGGAAGAACUAAAAAAUUUCCAAGACAUGGACCGUGAGCGCCGAUGCUUAGAAUAUACAAUUUAUCACCGUGAACAGACGGAUCUUUUGCAGCAACUACAAGAGAUGGAUGAAGCUCGGGAAAAAGAUGUUCGUGGGUCGGACGAACAGAAUAAAGAAUACGACCAGCAACAUCGGUCAAUAACAGAAAUAGAAAGUCAGAUUCAUGAGUUGCAGGAAAAUAUCGAAUUUCUCAAAAUAGAAAAAGAGCAACUCGAUGAUGAUAAAAGAGAUCAUAUAAAAGUCUAUGCUCAAAUUGAACUAGAAAUCAAAGAUCUUGAAGAGACGACAUCCCAAAAUCAUAAGCUGAAGAGAAAACGAGAGGCGGAAUUGCGGUCUGUUGAAGUUGAUAUAAAACGCAAAGAAUCGGAGCUAAAUGAAGUUUUGCCGAAUUAUGAAAGGGAAUUGCAUCAAGAAGCUCAACUUAACGAGAGUCUAGAGCAAGCGGAGCUCCGAAGACAAGCCCUGUAUGCAAAACAAGGAAGAAGCAUUCAAUUCCGCACGCGAGCUGAGCGCGAUGGAUGGCUUCAGGAAGAAAUGACUGAAAUUAAACGUACAAUUACCGUACAACAAAAACAAGCUAGUGAUUUAGAACAUGAAAUAGAAAAUAUUAAGCGCACCAUCGAAACGACCGAAGUCGAAAUACAGAACAAGAGGGAACAGCUAGAACAACGUAAAAAGAGUCUUGAGCAAAUGAAUACUGACCUUAAUGAAUUAAAAGCAAAGAGGGACAAGCUUACAGACGAAAGAAAAGAACGAUGGCGAGAGGACGCACAGCUUGAUACUAAGUUGAGUAACACACGUGAGCUGUUGCGGAAGAGUGAAAGGUCUUUAAUGGGAUCUAUGGACAAGAAUACUAGUGCAGGUUUGGCUCUUGUGAAGAAGAUAACUGAACGUUACAAACUUAAGGGGGUAUAUGGACCUUUGUUUGAGUUAUUUGAAUGCGUAAGUGAUUCCUACUGGACUGCUGUAGAGGUAACUGCUGGUCAAAGCUUAUUUCAUGUAGUAGUCGACACCGAUGAGACUGCUACGAAAGUCUUGAAAGCUCUCAAUGAGGCAUCAAAUGGUCGCGUCACUUUCAUGCCUUUAAAUCGUCUACAUCCGAAACCAUGCGAAUACCCGGCUGAUGACGAUGUCAAACCCAUGUUAGAAGUAAUAAAGUUCGAUGAUGAGUAUGCUAAGGCUUUCCAACAAGUUUUUAGCCGAACAAUCAUAUGCUCUAACCUCGAAAUCUGUGCAACGUUCGCGAGGAGUCAUGGCUUGAAUUGCAUCACAAUGAGUGGUGACCGUGUAGAUCGUAAGGGCGCCUUAAGCGGUGGAUAUCAUGAUGUUAGACGGAGAAGAUUGGAAGCUUCCUCAAACUAUAAGAGAUACAGAAGCGAAUGUGAAGAACUGGAAGGUCGGGUCAAUGCAAUAAAGAGUGAUAUUACACGUCUUGAUCAAAGCAUUACCCGUGUCCUGGGUCAGAUGCAGUUGAUUGAAGCGAGGCGAAGGCAAGCACAAGACAGCCGUGAUCCGCUCAUAUUCGAAAUUAAUUCAAAGAUAAAAGAAGAGGCUAGUUUACGAGAAUCAAAAGCCAACAAGGAGAAAUCUUUACAAAAUGUGCAAACUGAUAUCAGAAUGCUUACCGCUCAAUAUCAAGCCCAUCAAAUGGAAAUGGGAACAGAGCUUGCUCAGCAGUUAACACCACAAGAAGGGCAGCAACUUGCAGAAUUGAACGCGUCGAUUGAAGACUUACGGGAACGUCUAGCAAGAUCAUCAACCACAAGAUCGCAGUUGGAAAUAAGAAAGAACGUGCUCGAAAAUGAACUCAACGCAAAUCUUAAACGACGUAGAGAUGAGUUUGUUACGCAGAUAGAAAGUCUUACAACUAAUGAAGAUGCUCGUUUAUCAGUCAACAAGAAGGAGUUGGAAAAGACAAUUCAGAAUAUUAAUAAUCGUGCCGAAGAAAUUGAGAAAACUCUGCGCAAGUUAUCUACGGAUUUAACCGAUAAGAACGAGGAACUUGAAAAAGCUAAAGCGGAUCAAGAGAUUUGGCAACAAGAAAUGGAAAGGCAUCAAAAAGUAAUGGAGAAAUUUUUGUCGAAAAGAAGCUUAUUGCUUAAGAAGAAAGAGGAAUGCCAGAAGAACAUUCGCGAACUUGGUGCAUUGCCUGAUGCAGCUUUUGAGAAGUAUACUAGCACUGACUUGACCAAGCUUUUAAGGAUGUUACACAAAGUUCGAGAGGGCUUGAAGAAGUACAAUCACGUCAAUAAAAAAGCCUUCGAACAGUAUAACAAUUUUACCAAGCAAAGAGACACGCUAUCAAAACGAAAAAUAGAAUUGGAUCAGUCUAAAAGAUCUAUUGCUGAUUUAAUAGACGUCCUCGACCAACGGAAAGACGAAGCGAUUGAACGUACGUUUAAACAAGUUGCCAAAUAUUUCUCUGAAGUCUUCGAGAAACUAGUUCCUGCCGGGCGAGGUCAACUAAUUAUGCUGAGACAUAUUGAUAGGGAUGGGGAUGAGGACGAAGACGAAGAAUUUAAUGAAAACGAAGGAAGCUCAGUAGAUAACUAUACAGGUGUUGCAAUUAAGGUCUCUUUUAACAGCAAGACUGACGAGGGCCUACGAAUGCAACAACUAUCAGGUGGACAGAAAUCUCUGGUUGCCCUCACACUUAUAUUUGCAAUACAACAAUGUGAUCCAGCGCCGUUUUAUCUGUUCGAUGAAAUUGAUGCCGCGCUUGAUGCUCAAUAUCGAACAGCCGUUGCCUCAAUGAUACAUGAAUUAAGUGAAAAUGGCCAGUUUAUUACCACUACGUUUCGACCCGAGAUGUUGGCGAAUGCGGACAAAUUUUAUGGCGUGACAUUCUCUAACAAGGUAUCACGCGUUAAUUGCAUCACGAAAGAAGACGCUUUGAAUUUCGUCGAGCAGGAACAACCACAAUGA